GAAAGUGCUGAUAAAGAGCUUUUGUCACUAAAUGGGGCUUCCGUUGAUUUCAUUCACAAGCUUUUUUGCUGUUCUUGUUCUUCUUGCUCGUGCUCAAGACCAGUCAGGUUUUGUCAGUAUAGAUUGCGGUAUACCGGACGAUUCAAGCUAUAACGAUGAAAUCACAGACAUUAAAUACGUUUCAGAUGCUGCUUUUGUUGAGUCCGGAACAAUUCACAACAUAGAUCCUAAGUAUCAGACAAGUUCUCUUGAAAAGCAGUUCGAAAACGUCAGGAGUUUCCCUGAAGGCAAGAGAAACUGUUACGAUGUUCAGCCUCCACGAGGAAAAGGCUUUAAGUAUUUGAUCAGAACACGGUUCAUGUACGGUAACUACGAUGGCCUAGGAAAAGCACCCGAGUUCGAUCUUUAUCUUGGGGUCAAUCUCUGGGACUCUGUUGCAUUAGAUAAUGCAACUACUAUAGUUACCAAAGAGAUCAUCUACACUCUUCGUUCAGACCAUGUUCACGUGUGUCUUGUUGAUAAAGACAAAGGAACUCCAUUCAUGUCUGUGUUAGAACUUAGGCUCUUGAGGAGCGACAUAUACGAGACUCCUUAUGAUUCUAUUAUGCUGUAUCGAAGGUGGGAUCUCGGGGCACUCGAAAAUCGUCCUUUCAGGUACAAAGAUGAUGUGUAUGACCGUAUAUGGAUGCCUCUAAAGUUCUCAAAUCAUAAAGUUUUCAGCACAAACCUCACGAUAGAUUCGAAUAUCCACAAUGGAUUCGAGCCUGCUCGUGCCGUCAUGAACACUGCUUCAACACCUUUGAACUCAAGCUUAGACAUAAGCCUUUUAUGGGACCCAGUUAUCCCUACGUGGAAGUUCUACGUGUACAUGCAUUUUUCUGAAGUUCAAGAACUAUCAAGCAACGAUACCAGAGAAUUCUCGGUGAUUUAUAAUGAUAAAGCUAACCUCUAUGCUAACUUCAGCCCUCGCUUCUUGUAUACAGACACACUUCACAUUGAGAAGCCUGUCACUGGACCAAACCACGACUUUACACUCAGACGAACUGCUAAAUCUACGCUCCCACCAAUCAUCAACGCCAUAGAGACGUAUCGUGUCAACGAUUUCCUUCAGUCAGCUACUGAUCAACAAGAUGUUGAUGCAAUUAUGAGAAUAAAGUCCAAAUAUGGAGUGAAGAAAAACUGGCUUGGAGACCCUUGUGCACCAGAAGGGUACCCUUGGAAGGAUAUAUACUGUUCCUAUGUCGAUAAAGAGUCUCCACGAAUCAUUUCUGUGAAUUUAUCCUUAAGUGGCUUGACUGGCGAGAUAGAUCCAGCCUUCUCCAACCUUACAUUGAUACAGAAACUGUACUUAUCAAACAACAGUUUAACAGGAAAAGUACCAGAUUUCCUUGGAAAUCUACAUAACUUGACGGAGUUAAACUUGGAAGGAAACAAGCUAACGGGUCCUCUUCCUCGGAAACUAAUUGAGAGAUCAAACAGUGGAUCGCUUAAGCUGAGAGCUGGCGGAAAUCCGGACCUGGACCUCUGCAUGACUGCUUCAUGUCAAAGUACUAAUGAGCAGACAAAGAAGAAUGUAUACAUCAUUCCAAUAGUAGGAUCUGUCGCAGGAGUGUUUAGUCUUGUAGUAGCGAUAGCUUUGUUGUUGGUGUACAAGAAGAGACAUCCAAGGGGCGGUUCUGAUAGUGUUAGGACUGGACCAUUGGACACAAUAAAACGAUACUACAAAUACUCUGAAGUUGUGAAAAUUACAAACAAUUUUGAGAGAGUACUUGGACAAGGAGGUUUUGGAAAAGUAUACCAUGGUGUCCUAAAUGAAGAGCAAGUCGCUGUCAAGAUUCUGUCUGAAUCAUCAGCUCAAGGGUACAAAGAGUUUAGAGCGGAGGUUGAACUUCUACUGAGAGUCCAUCACAAGAACCUAACUGCACUUAUUGGAUACUGCAACGAAGGGAAGAACAUGGCGCUUAUAUACGAGUUUAUGGCUAAUGGAACCUUAGGAGAUUACUUGUCAGGGAAAAAAUCUUAUGUCUUAAGCUGGGAGGAGAGGCUACAAAUAUCAUUAGAUUCUGCACAAGGGCUUGAGUAUCUUCACAAUGGCUGCAAGCCUCCCAUUGUACAAAGAGAUGUAAAGCCAGCUAAUAUACUAAUCAACGAUAAGCUUCAGGCCAAGAUUGCUGACUUUGGGUUAUCUAGAAGUGUUGCAUUGGAUGGUACUAACCAGGAUACAACUGCAGUUGCUGGAACUAUUGGUUAUCUUGACCCCGAGUACCAAUCGAUGCAACAGUUAAGUGAGAAGAGUGAUGUUUACAGCUUCGGUGUGGUUCUUUUGGAGGUUGUGACAGGCCAGCCAGUGAUUUUACGUUCAAGAACAACUGCAGAGAACAUACACAUAACCGACCGGGUCGAGUUGCUUCUGUCCACAGGAGAUAUCAGAGGCAUUGUGGAUCCAAAGCUAGGAGAGAGGUUUGAUGCUGGUUCGGCUUGGAAGAUCACUGAAGUAGCAAUGGCUUGUGCGUCUCGUAGCUCUAAAAAUAGACCUACCAUGAGUCAGGUGGUUGCUGAACUUAAGGAGAGUGUUAGCAGAGCAAAAGAUGGUGGAGGUUCCGGCGCCAGUAGUUUUACAGGGCCGGCGAUGACGGCUGUUGACUCGGGAAUGUUUCCUCAGGCGAGGUAGAUGAUUGUUGAACCCAUCUGAGUUUUUAACUUAAUGAAACUGGAAAGGUCUGUGAGGUGUGGAGUGGGAUUAUGAUAAUAAGAACAAGGCUGAGUUGUGUUAACCUUAUCUUUUUGUAAGAUACUUGUACAAGGUCUUUGUCAUUUUCUCAGUUUGAGUUCCUAAAUAUUUUUAAACAGUGUUAAAAUAAAACAUAAAUUUAAGCAGUUUUAGGCGGUCCUAGGCUUCCUUAAAGUUGAUGUGACUUG